AAAUUCUUAUCACAGCUUUCAGCUUAUCUCGAACUUUUCUGAUUCCAAUUUUGAAAAACUAAAGAAAACACUGUUAAAUGGAAUAAUUCUUUAAUUAAUGAAUUCUUGAUUGAAACUACAAGUUUACACCAUGCUAAGAAACAUAUUGACUGUGAAUAAAUUCCCAAGCGUUGAUGUCAUCAAACGACUACCUCGAAAUGCAAUCCAUACUACUGCAGCUUUAGGAAUUAAAGAAAUCGUAGAAAAAAAAGAAGGUAAAAGAACCAUAGUAGAAGCAGUCGUGAAAGAGUCUGGAAGAGAACCAUACAUAGUAAAAACCGAACAUGACGAAUACGCUUGUCCUCUUUGCCGGUUAAACAUGCACAUCAACCAUACCGAUGUGUUAAUCCUUAGCCAGUUUGUUCGAAGUAAUGGUCUUAUGUUACCGGCACGAAUCACUGGUUUAUGCAGAAUGCAGCAAGUUCGGAUGUCUAAAUUGGUAUCAAUGGCACAUAUUGCUGGAUUAAUGCCAACUUUAGUACCCAAGUACAGUAAAAAAGACUGCUUCAAGAAACGUCGUGAUUGGAGAAAACACAAUACGUAUUUUGAAGAAUCGACCAUUAUGUCUUGGGAUCCUUUAUACAAGGAUGAAAGCGGUAUUAAAGAGAAAUGGUAUAAAAUGAGAGGAAUCGAUGUUGAAAAAUUCCAACCGGAACCGUGGAAGAAUAAAGUUGAUAAGAUCGAAUUACAGCCCAAAAAGCUGACAUUUUAUUAGUUGUAAUUAUUUGUAAAUAAAAAUAUCUUUCUUCAAAUAA